CUGUGGGAGCCGCAUCCUACCUGCGCUAGCGGCUCCAGAGGUGGAGGCAGAGAGGGCGGAGAAGGCAGCGAAGGGUGCCGCAGAGAAAAAAGUGUCAAAGCCAGUACGGCUUUAGAAUACGGGAAAGGAUACUUUUCAUGGUGCAUGGAAGGAAAGCCAAUGCGCAGGUGUACCAACAUUCGACCAGGAGAGACUGGAAUGGAUGUAACAAGCCGCUGCACCCUUGGAGACCCCAACAAACUGCCAGAAGGGGUUCCCCAACCUGCUCGAAUGCCCUAUAUCUCAGAUAAGCACCCUCGGCAAACCUUGGAAGUGAUCAACCUUCUGAGAAAGCACCGGGAGCUAUGUGAUGUGGUGCUAGUUGUGGGCGCUAAGAAGAUAUAUGCCCACCGCGUCAUUCUGUCAGCCUGCAGCCCCUACUUCCGAGCAAUGUUUACAGGAGAGCUGGCAGAAAGCCGGCAAACAGAAGUAGUGAUCCGAGACAUAGAUGAGAGGGCCAUGGAGCUGCUGAUUGACUUUGCGUAUACCUCCCAGAUAACCGUGGAAGAGGGCAAUGUCCAGACCCUCUUGCCUGCUGCUUGCCUCCUCCAGCUGGCAGAAAUACAGGAAGCCUGCUGUGAAUUCUUAAAGAGACAGUUAGAUCCUUCUAAUUGUCUGGGCAUUCGGGCUUUCGCUGAUACACAUUCUUGCCGAGAGUUGCUAAGGAUUGCAGACAAGUUCACCCAACAUAACUUUCAAGAGGUAAUGGAGAGUGAAGAAUUCAUGUUACUUCCGGCCAACCAACUCAUUGAUAUAAUAUCUAGUGAUGAGCUCAAUGUUCGGAGUGAAGAGCAAGUGUUCAAUGCGGUGAUGGCCUGGGUCAAAUACAGUAUUCAGGAAAGACGUCCUCAGUUACCCCAGGUGCUGCAACAUGUUCGCCUGCCUUUGCUUAGUCCCAAGUUCCUGGUGGGCACCGUAGGCUCUGACCCCCUCAUUAAAAGUGAUGAAGAAUGCAGAGACUUGGUAGAUGAGGCUAAAAACUACCUCCUGUUGCCUCAAGAACGACCACUAAUGCAAGGACCAAGGACAAGGCCACGGAAACCUAUCCGAUGUGGAGAAGUGCUCUUCGCAGUUGGUGGUUGGUGCAGUGGAGAUGCCAUUUCCAGUGUUGAACGCUAUGAUCCCCAGACCAAUGAGUGGCGAAUGGUAGCUUCAAUGAGUAAAAGGCGAUGUGGAGUCGGGGUCAGUGUUCUUGAUGACCUGCUAUAUGCAGUAGGCGGCCAUGAUGGAUCCUCAUAUCUCAAUAGUGUUGAAAGAUAUGACCCCAAAACAAACCAGUGGAGCAGUGAUGUGGCCCCUACAAGCACCUGCAGGACGAGCGUUGGAGUGGCAGUCCUUGGAGGCUUUCUCUAUGCUGUGGGUGGGCAGGAUGGUGUCUCUUGCCUCAAUAUAGUUGAGAGGUAUGAUCCAAAGGAGAACAAGUGGACCCGGGUGGCUUCUAUGAGCACUAGAAGGCUAGGCGUGGCUGUGGCUGUGUUGGGAGGAUUCUUAUACGCUGUAGGUGGCUCUGAUGGCACGUCUCCACUCAACACAGUGGAGCGCUACAAUCCUCAGGAAAACAGAUGGCACACCAUAGCGCCUAUGGGGACCCGAAGGAAACACCUAGGUUGUGCAGUGUACCAGGACAUGAUCUAUGCUGUGGGAGGGAGAGACGACACUACAGAGCUUAGCAGUGCUGAGAGAUACAACCCCAGAACUAACCAGUGGUCUCCCGUGGUGGCCAUGACAUCCCGCAGGAGUGGAGUGGGCCUGGCCGUGGUCAAUGGACAGCUCAUGGCAGUAGGGGGUUUCGAUGGCACAACGUACUUGAAGACCAUUGAAGUGUUUGACCCAGAUGCCAAUACGUGGAGGUUGUACGGAGGAAUGAAUUACCGUCGGCUAGGAGGUGGUGUAGGAGUUAUUAAAAUGACACAUUGUGAAUCUCAUAUAUGGUGAACACAGAAAGAAAUCGUGCAUACGCUCCUUUAUAUUUGGAAGAGCCUUGACUCCGACGCUUUGUAUAGCUCAAGAAAACAAUAGAACAAAUUUUAUUCUUUGCCGGUGCCUCAACAUUCAGAAACACCAGUCUAACGACGGAACUCACCUGCAAAAUGCCACCUUUGUACAAUGCCUUUCCGCUCUGUGCAGAAGAGUAUUUAUUUUUGGCUUUAAUUUAUCAUGGAGUUUUGAUGGGGAUUUUUGUUUUUGUUUUG